AUGUCGGUCAUUAACACGGUGCCGCGUCUCGUCGCGUGCAAGGAGAAGCUCGAUGGCAUCCUGGUAUACAAAGGAAGCGACGAGAUUCUGCUCUCCAAGCUGAUCCUUGAUCCAACGCACUCGAUCCUUAAGCAGUCGUUUGAUUCGCGACUACGACUGGACACGCGACGGGGCCAGAACAACGCCGACGGCUUUGGUAUUGGUUUCUACACAGACCCCAAGUUGGGUUCCGCACCAUGUCUGUUCACAUCGACGACACCCGCAUGGAACUGCGCAAACCUUCAGCGAAUCGCUUCCAAAACUGCUUCGCGACUCAUCUUUGCCCACGUCCGCGCCACGACCGAAGGGUCUACAAACGAGGACAACUGCCACCCCUUCACCCAUGGCAGCCUAAUGUGGAUGCACAAUGGCGGCCUCGGUGGCUGGAAGUUUAUCAAACGCCGGCUGGGUAGCCAACUAGCAGACAAGUGGUACUUGGGGGUCCAGGGCGGGACUGAUAGCGAGUGGGCGUUUGCCCUCUUCCUCGAUACUCUCGAACGCCUCGGCCACAAUCCCAGUGCUUGCCCUCCCACCGGUUUCGGCCCAACUAUUCUGCGCAAAGCUGUCGAGCAAACCAUUGCCAAAAUCAACGAGCUCACCGACUCGAUACCAAAAGAGAUUCUCGAGAGCGAAGAUGUCGACACGCGCAGUCUGCUCAACUUUGCCGUCACAGAUGGUCACAGCACUAUCUGCACCAGAUACAUCAGCAGCGCGCGCGACGAAGCCGCUAGUUUGUACUACUCGUCAGGAACGCGCUGGGAAACGAGGACGGGUGCAGUCGACGAUAGACAAUACCAGAUGGAGCGCCAGGACAAGGGUGCCGACAUUGUCCUGGUAGCUAAAAACUGGGUCAAUCUGCCUACCAACUCGACUCUAACUAUUCACCGGCAGACUGUCAUGGUACAUCCAAUUCUUGACAAGUACUACGAGCGGGAUCCUUAUCAUGUGCGCUCCAGCGCAUUUGUGCAUACGCAAGGGCUUGUGUCCAACGAAAAGCCCCCAAGCGGCUCGCUCAGUUCCGGCAGCGACGCACCUUCGUCCAGCAUCUUCGAGAACAUCAAGAGCAUCGGCCAGUCGUCGCUAUCCCGGAGCAUCAGCCCAGACUUUGCGCGCGUAUCCUUGACCCCUACAAGCGGCCGACCUCUUCUCACUACACACCGAAGCAAACCUUGCUCGUGA